UCUCCUGGCAAGAAUGGAAACAAGAACACCAUCAGUUUUACAGAAUCCCCACCAAGUUCAAGAAAGAAGAGUUCCAUCUUCAACGCCCACCAAGUUGCAGGUUCAAGAACCGAGGGUUCUGCCGGUUGAGCCUACGGCGGGGUGGAGAUUUUUCAGGUGGCUUUGCAGCCUGGUUUUCUACAUCCAUUUAUGUCUGGUAGGUGUCUUGGUGAUCUUUCUGGUAGUUCAGGGGCUUCGGUCGGCUUCUAAAACCCAUCAUUUUCACCCUGAAAAGUGGUAUCCGCCGUUGCUGACUGCUACUGGGAGCUCUGGAAUCAUUGCGUUCUCAUGGCAGGGCUUCACUGGCUGUUGCCCUUCUAAAGCCUUCAAGAUGGCAUUCUGGUUCAGCCCCGUGGUAUCGCUUGCUGCUGGCAUUUUCUUUGUCAUUGUUGGAUCUGCGGGCGGUUUAGCAGCGGGAGCAAUCCUCAUAGUUUCUUCCUUAUUUCUGUCGGUAUAUGUCUGUUGGGUAUAUCGCCGGUUUAACUAUGCGAUUCGACUUCUAUCGGUUUCUACUGAGUACCCUCCGACAAAAACUCCAAUCUUUGUACUUGGGUCGAUCCUGGUGGGCAUUCUUUACGCCUCUGUUUUGGUCACUGGCAUUGGUGGAGCAGUCGCUCUUAGAUCUAGUUGGAAAGCAGCGUUCAUAGCAGCAAUCUUGUUGAGCCUAACCUGGACUCUGCAGGUCAUCAAGAACAUAGUGCAGGUUACAAUCUCGCGCAUAAAGUACUUGAAUUUAGCUCGGGGCCACGAAAAGGACACACGAGCAGCUUUUCACGACACGAUGAAGCAUUUAAUCGGAACUAUUUCGAUCGGCUCAGUCAUCGCCCCCCUUGUCAGCUUCAUUCAGGGAUCUGCCCGUGCCAUGAGGUUGAUGGCAGGAGAAUCAGAUGAGUUCCUUUUCUCCUGUGCACAUUGCUGCUCGGGGAUUGCUUCGACGCUGAGAAACCAUGGAAACAGGUGGGGUUUCGUCCACGUUGGUGUUUACAAUAAAGGGAUGGUGCAGGCUUCAGUCGAUACCUGGGAGGCAUUCAAGAAGGUGGAAUUGGAAGCUGUUAUAGACUACGAUCUCACCGUGUCUUUCUGCUUUCUCUGCGGGGUUUCGGGGGGUGCAAUCUGCAGCAUUAUAAGCGGGAUCUGGGCACUCGUAAUACACAAGAGCUAUGCAACAGAAUUAGCAAUUUACGCAUUCCUGAUCGGCUAUUUUCUGUGUCGAAUCGGAAUGGCAUGGCCGCAAGCAUGUGUUUCUGCCUACUAUGUGGCUUAUGCAGACAAUCCCCAGCAUCCUCGGUUCGAUUCGAUGGUACCACAGCGUAUUCGAGAGCUUCAGCGGAGAUUGCAAGCUUAAUCAACAUGCAACUUGGAAACAAGUGAAGAAGCAGAUUUAGACUAUUCCUCAAGCUCGUUCAUGAAGAGACACUGGCAUAAGUAAAAAAAUGCCCUCUGAGAAACCCACUGAAACGUAAAUUCCAGUUGUGAUAUCCUCUUUCCAUUUUCCCUGCAAUUUUUCUUUUUUCUUUCAGAUUUCUUGUGCAGUAGAGAAAAGUUCACAGUAGAUUCUUUGAUCAAAUGGAUAACAAUAAAAGAAAAAAUAGAAAACAAAGAGAUACCAGCAGUAAUUGUGAAAACUAAAAGUUUCCUUUUAGUCCAUAUAUUUCUGUCUUCAUAGUUCAUACAUUCCAUAACUUUCCAUGAUAGUUAUGAGAAAAAUUACUCAAAAAAAAAAAAAAA